AUGACACAAGCAUCCCAAUUCGAGCUCUCCAGCCCUCCAGAGGACGCAAUCUCGGCCCUCACCUUUUCGCCCACAAGUCCUACGCGUCUCCUCGUCUCCUCUUGGGACAAGUAUGUCCAUCUUUACGACACAAAUGCUGGCCUGAAUGGCUCCAAACUGACUGCAUUGUUCCACGCAGCGCCCGUGCUGGACUGCUGUUUCGGCGAGAACGACAGGGUUCUCUUUAGCGGGGGUUUAGAUUGGCUUGUUAAACAAUGGGAUCCCGAGACCGGCGCAGAAACAACCCUUGGGUCGCACGAAGGCGGUGUAAAGUCUGUCUGCUACAAUAAAGAAAUCAAAUCCCUCAUAUCCGGUUCUUGGGACCAUACAAUCCGGUUAUUCGACCCUCGUGCUUCCACGGAAACCUCAAAACAUCACCAACCCCAUAAGAUCUUCAGCACAUCUACCAUCAACCAUACCCUUGUCGUGGCCAUGGCCUCCCGCAGCGUCUACCUUUACGAUGUCCGUAACAUGGCAGAACCCUGGCAGCGCCGCGAGUCUUCCCUCAAGUUCCAAACCCGUACCGUCAGAUGCAUGCCCAACGGGCAAGGAUAUGCAAGCAGCAGUAUCGAGGGCCGUGUAGCCGUCGAAUUCUUCGAUGCCAGCGAGGAGAGUCAGAAGAGGAAAUACGCGUUCAAAUGUCACCGUGCUGUGGAAGGCGGUGUCGACGUCGUAUAUCCAGUCAACGCGUUGGCAUUUCACCCGAACUAUGGUACAUUUGCUUCUGGUGGCGGAGACGGUAUCGUGUCCCUGUGGGACGGAAUGGCGAAGCGCCGGUUGAGGCAAUACCAAAAAUACCCGGCAUCCAUCGCCGGGUUGUCAUUCAGUCCAAACGGAAAGUAUCUUGCCAUUGGCAGCUCGAGUGGCUUCGAGGACGGAAACGACGGUGGAGAAUGCCCACCCGAGAGCGUAAAGAUCUUCAUCAGGGAGCUUGCUGAGGGCGAAGGUAAAGGAAAAGGACAGUAG